UAAUCCCGCUCAUUUUUGGCAGCUCACUUUAACGUGACUGGGCCCACGGAGCCCAUCCUGGCCAUGGUGGGUGAAGACACUGAGCUGCCCUGUCACCUGCCCACGAAUGUGAGUGCAGAGCACCUGGAGCUGAGGUGGUUCCGGAAGGAGGUCUCGCAGCCGGUGUUAGUGCUCCGGGAUGGGCAAGAGCAGGAGGGAGAGCAGAUGCCCCAGUACCGAGGGAGGGUGACGCUGGUGAAGAACGACAUCUCCACGGGGCACUUUGCUGUAAUGAUACGUGGCAUCAGGGCCUCUGAUGACGGGGAGUACCGAUGCCUUUUCAAGGAUGAUGGGAGCUCCACCAUAGCCCUCCUGCAUCUCAAGGUGGCUGCUCUGGGUUUUGACCCUCACAUCCGUAUGGAAGUUCAAGAAAAUGGAGAGAUCUGGCUGGAGUGCACCUCAGUGGGAUGGUACCCAGAGCCCCAGGUGCAGUGGAGAACUCCCAAAGGAGAAAGGUUUCCAUCCACAUCAGAGGCCAAGGAUCCUGAUCAAGAAGGUCUGUUCACUGUGGCUUCUUCAGUGAUCAUCAGAGAUACCAAUACAGAGAAAGUGUCCUGCUACAUCCACAACCUCCUUCUUGACCAGGGGAAGGAAGCAGAGAUUUUCAUACCAGCUCUUUUAUUCCCAAGAUUAACUCCCUGGAUAGUGGCUGUGGUUGUCAUCUUGGUGGUCCUAGGACUUGUCACCACUGGAUGCAUAUUUUUCACCUGGAGACUAUACAAGGAAAGAUCCAAAGAGAGGAAGAAUGCACUCAGCCCUAAAGACAGAGUCCUAGAAGAGCUCAAAUGGAAAAAGUCUACAGUACAUGCAGUUGAUGUGACUCUGGAUCCAGACACAGCUCAUCCCAACCUCCUUCUUCAUGAUGACUUAAAAUCUGUUCAACUGGAAGAUUCAUGUCAGACAUGGCCUGAGAAAUCAGAGAGAUUUGAUUCCUGGCCCUGUGUGUUGGGCCGUGAGGCCUUUAUCUCAGGGAGACAUUAUUGGGAAGUAGAGGUGGGAGACAGAAUUGACUGGGUGGUUGGCGUGUGCAGCGAGAAUGUUAAGAGGAAAGGAUUUGAUCCCAUUGUUCCUGAGAAUGGGUUCUGGGCUUUGGAGUUGUAUGAAAAUGAGUACUGGGCCCUCAACCCUCGCCGGACCCCUCUUCUAAUGUCAAAUCACUUCCACCGGGUUGGCAUUUUCCUGGACUAUGAAUCAGGAAAUGUCUACUUCUACAACAUGACUAACGGAUCUCAUAUCUAUACAUUCUCCAAAAUGUCAUUCUCUGGCCCUCUCCGACCCCUGUUUUGCCUUUGGUCCUCUGGUGACCAGCCUCUGACCAUCUGCCCACUUACUGAUGGGCCUGAGGUGGUCACAGUCAUGGCCAAUGCCCAGGACAUUUCAAAGGAGAUCCCCUUGUACCCCAUGGGGGAGGACUCGCAAGUUACAGACACUUUCCAUUCUGAGCUAAUCCCCAAGCCACCCAGGCAAGGGGCACCUUAAGGAAUAUCCCAGCUCAGCUCAGUUGUUUUCCUUUGUUCUAACCUCUCUCCUCCAUUCUGAGCCUCACCCAGCCCCUGUUUCUUCCUGUUGGGUAGAGAUUAAUUCAUCACGUGAAGCUUGCAUUGCUUCUGCUAGGGAGAGUGGGGAGUAGGACCAUCCUAAUUUGUUUCUAUACAAAUAUUUGGGGGAUGGAGAUGUGACUCUGAAGCUGCUUCUAGUGAUCUAUCCUUUAAGGCCAGAAACUAUGCAGAAGGACUUGGAGCAAACUCAAAGGAUAGCUCAGGAAGGGAUCAAGACCAGCUAUGGUGGCAUGGGGUUGUGUCAGAAAUGUUUUCGUGUCCAAAAUA